AUGGCUUGUGGAGAAGAAACCACGUCAACAAAGACCAAAAAGGGGAGCAUUGCUCCGGAGGCUCAAUCCUUAAAAAGGGAGGAAGCGCCUAAGGAAUCUGCCGAAAUCAAGGUUCCAGAAAUCAAGGUUCCAGAAGCACCCAAACAUACAAGGGUGCCAGAUGCCAUCCAGAGGAAAUUGGCGGCCGAGAAACAGAAGGGCCCCCAGCCCAGCAGGUUGGCGCAGGAACUGCGCAAUUACCAGGCCGAGAGGAAGAGGCAUUUGAUGGACGCAUAUGUCCAGAUCACGGGUCUGGACUCAGGAAAAACGCGCGGAGUCAAGGCGCUGCUCGAUAGCGGCUGCAGUACCUGCUGCAUUGAUACCGACUAUGCACGGGCGGAGAAGUUGGAUAUUCAAGAGCUCCCACAACCCAUUGUGGCUCGUAACGCCGACAACACCGAGAAUAUCAGCAGUCGGAUCACGCAUUACGUUGACCUAAGGCUAAGAAUCGGUCCUCAUGUGGAGACACGCACAUUCCUUCUGACAUGUCUAGGGAAAGCUUGGAUCUUCAUCAGUCUUGAUUGGCUCACGGAACACAACUCCGAGGUAGAUUCGCAGGAGCUGUAA